UUUAGUUUAGUUAACAGCAGCAACAUCAAUUAGCAGAAACAACCACAAGAAGAAGAAGAAGCAGCAGAAGUCGAAGCUAGAAACAUGGCGGUCUUUGGCAUGUUAUCGGCUGUGUCCGGCUUCAUCAAGAUACGCUAUCUACUGGACAAGGCGGUGAUCGAUAACAUGGUCUUUCGCUGUCAUUAUAGGAUCACAACAGCCAUACUAUUCACUUGUUGCAUUAUCGUUACGGCCAACAAUUUGAUUGGUGAUCCGAUUAGUUGCAUUAACGAUGGCUCCAUACCGAUGCAUGUGAUCAACACGUUCUGCUGGAUAACGUACACCUUUACGAUACCUGGCCAACAGCAUAGGCAAAUUGGCACCGACGUUGCUGGGCCUGGACUGGGCAAUGAAUAUGGACAGGAGAAACGCUAUCAUAGCUACUAUCAGUGGGUGCCGUUUGUGCUGUUCUUCCAGGGUAUCAUGUUCUAUGUGCCCCAUUGGAUCUGGAAGAAUAUGGAGGACGGCAAGAUACGCAUGAUUACGGACGGUUUGCGUGGCAUGGUCUCGAUGCCGGAGAAGUAUCGCAAGGAUCGGCAGAUGCGUAUUAUUAAAUACUUUAUUGAAAGCCUCAACUCGCACAAUGGCUACUCCUUUGCAUAUUUCUUCUGCGAGCUGUUGAACUUCAUCAAUGUAAUUGUGAAUAUCUUCAUGGUGGAUAAGUUUCUGGGCGGUGCUUUUAUGUCCUAUGGUACUGAUGUCCUCAAGUUCUCCAAUAUGGAUCAGGACCUGCGCUACGAUCCGAUGAUCGAGAUCUUUCCAAGAUUAACGAAGUGUACGUUCCGUAAAUUUGGCCCGAGUGGCUCAAUACAGAAACACGAUACGCUCUGCGUGCUGGCCCUCAACAUACUCAACGAGAAGAUCUAUAUAUUCCUAUGGUUCUGGUUCAUUAUACUGGCUACGAUUUCUGCCGUGGCCGUGCUCUAUUCCCUGGUGGUCAUCAUGAUGCCCACCACACGCGAAACGAUCAUCAAGCGCUCGUACCGCUCAGGCCAGCGGAAGGCAAUUAAUAAACUAGUGCAACGUUUGGAGAUUGGCGACUUUUUGAUCUUGCACUUCCUUAGCCAGAAUCUUACCACUCGAUCGUACGGCGAUAUGAUAGAUCAGCUAUGCAGCUUGUUGACCAACGAGGUGCCGCGCACACCCUCCGCCCCCUCGACGCUGGAAAUGAAUCAAAUGAGCCAUUCAAUUUAUCCGCCCGCCGAGCUAUUCGACGGCAAGGAGACCGAGACAUAGGCGCUAUAGCAAUUAAAUUGGCGCUAAUUUUAAACAAACAAACAAAAAUUUCAAUGAUUUCUCAAUAAUAUUUGUAGACGAUGUGGAGAUGUGACCGAUUCGAGGUGUUUUUUUAGUAGGUGUUCUAGGCUUGUAGGCUUUCUAAUAUAUAUUAUGCAUAUAUAUCUAUAUGGAUAUAUAUGUAUGUGCAUCUCUAAGACUGUUUUUUAAGUUGAAACAUGAAUUUGAGGAAAUGUCAGCAAAAUCGAAAACGAAAAUUAAAACAAAAACAUCAAAAAAAUAUGGAAUCUUUAGCAAAAUUUGUACGCUUGGAGAGAGAGAGAGAUAAUGAGAAAGCGCAAGUUAAAGUAGGGAGAGAGAGCGAGGGAGAGAACACACAGGCAGACCGUGCAAUUUGUGAAUGAUAAUGAAAUUGAUCCGAUAUGCUUAUACUGCUACCUAAUACAAAUUGUAUUCGUAGUAAAGUUAACAAUGAUGCGCCAUUUAAAUAUAUAUACAAAAUAUAGUCUAUAGUUUUUCUGCUCUUCGAUCACGCCAAGAUCGCAGCUCACGCAACGUUGAUCUAUAUAGAUAGAUCAGAGACAUACUUACAGCUAAAUUGUAGUAAUUGAAUUAUAUAAAAGGAGAAAAAAA